CGUGGUCCACCACUACGGAGUCGAGCACCACGUCGUGGACGACCACUACGGAAACAAGCAGUACCACGAUGUCGACCACGACGGAGUCCAGCACCAUCUCGCAGACCAGCAGUACGGAGUCCAGCAGUUCCACCGCUUCCACUACAACGAGAUCUGUGAGCACGUCGCGAACAAGCAGUACAGAAACGAGCAGUACCACAUGGUCGACCACGACAGAAUCCAGCACCGCGUCUCGGACCAGCACUACGGGAACGAGCACUACCACGUGGUCCACCAUUACGGAGUCGAGCACCACGUCCUGGACAAGCACUACGGCAACGAGCAGUACCACGGGGUCCACUUCCACGGAGUCGAGCAGUACCUCGGGGUCGUCCACCACGGAUUCGAGCACCACGUCGCGGACCAGCAUUACGGAAACUAGCAGCACCACGGUAUCUACCAUCAGUGAAUCGAGCACCACGUCCCAGACCAGCAGUACAGAAUCGAGCAGUUUCACAAGGUCGACCACAACGGUGUCGAGCACGACGUCCCGGACCAGCACUACGGUCACGAGCAGUACCACGUGGUCCACCACUACGGAGUCGAGCACCAUGUCGUGGACGAGCACUACGGAAACGAGCAGUACCACGAUGUCGACCACGACGGAGUCCAGCACCAUCUCGCAGACCAGCAGUACGGAGUCCAGCAGUUCCACCGCUUCCACUACAACGAGAUCUGUGAGCACGUCGCGAACAAGCAGUACGGAAACGAGCAGUACCACAUGGUCGACCACGACGGAAUCCAGCACCACGUCUCGGACCAGCAUUACGGGAACGAGCACUACCACGGCUUCCACCAUAACGGAGUCGAGCACCACGUCCUGGACAAGCACUACGGCAACGAGCAGUACCACGGGGUCCACUUCCACGGAGUCGAGCAGUACCUCGGGGUCGUCCACCACGGAUUCGAGCACCACGUCGCGGACCAGCAUUACGGAAACUAGCAGCACCACGGUAUCUACCAUCAGUGAAUCGAGCACCACGUCCCAGACCAGCAGUACAGAAUCGAGCAGUAUCACAGGGUCGACCACAACGGUGUCGAGCACGACGUCCCGGACCAGCACUACGGUCACGAGCAGUACCACGUGGUCCACCACUACGGAGUCGAGUACCAUGUCACGGACGAGCACUACGGAAACGAGCAGUUACACGGGGUCCACCACAACCGAAACGAGCAGCACCACGGCAUCCACCACUACGGCGUCCAGCUCCACGUCGUGGAGCAGCACAACGGCAUCGAGCAGUACUACGGUAUCCACCACCAGUCAAUCGAGCACGACGUCCCGAACCAGUGUCACGGAAACGAGCAGUACCACGGGGUCUACCACAACGGAGUCGAGCACCACGUCGCGGACCAGCAGUACGGAAACGAGCAGCACGACGAUGUCCAAGACUACGGAGUCUACCACCACAUCCCAGACCAGCACCACGGAAUCGAGCACCUUCACCGUGUCCAGCACAACGGAAUCUAGCACCACGUCGCGAACCAGCACUUCGGGAACGAGCAGCACCACGGGUUCCACCAUUACGGAGUCGAGCACCACGUCGCGAACCAGCGUUACAGACUCGAGCAUUACCACGAGUUCUUUCACCACGGAGUCUAGCACCACGUCGCGGACCAGCAGUACAGAAACAAGUAGUGCUACGGCGUCUACCACUACGGAGUCGAGCACGACGUCCCAGACCAGCAUUACGGAGUCGUCCAGCUCAACCGAGACGGCUUCCAGUUUGACCCACUCCAGUACGGUGACAAUAUCCAGCUGGACAGAGACGCUCAGCUCCACUGUAACAGGCACGAGUGGGAGUGCCACGGUCACUGGAACGACUACGAGCCUGACUGGAACAAGUACCGUUACAACCUCAUCUGUGACCUCGACUGCCACGGGGACAUCUACGAGUCUGACACGGACAAGCAGCGCGACAAGUGCAUCUGGGACUUCGAGUAGCACGCUGACAGAGUCGAGUGCGACCGAGACGAGCAGCACAACCGCGACACGAACGAGUUCCAGCAGCACGAGAUCCAGCUCGACUUCCACGACGCUGAGCGAGACGAGCGAGACUGUGAGUUCCACAAGCUUCACGACGCCGUCGACCACGGAGUCCAGCAGCAGCACGACGGACACAGGCACAACCGUGACAGGCACCAGCACUGUUUCGGCGACGAGCACGAGCGAGAGCAGCAGCACCACGACUACCACAGGGACCUCCACGGCGUCAAGCAGCACCACGAUGUCCAGCAGCAGCGAGACCAGCAGCAGCACGACGGGCACGAGCACCCUCUCGGCGACGAGCACGAGCGAAAGCAGUACCACCGCGAGUAGCACCAGCACCACCACGCCGUCGAGCAGCACCACGAUGUCCAGCGGCAGCGAGACCAGAAGCAGCACGGUUACAUCCACGAGCGUAAGCAGUACCACCGCGAGCAGCAUCAGCACCACCACGGCGUCAAGUAGCACCACGAUGUCCAGCAGCAGCGAGACCCUCAGCAGCACAACGGGCACAAGCACCCCAUCAGCGACGAGCACGAGCGAAACCAGCAGCCUUACAGCUACAAGCACAAGCACAAGCUCGACUGCGACUGACACCAGCUCGAGUGGCACGAGCAGCACGACUGCGACGUUCAGCGCGACCAGCAGCAUCACGCUCACGGAGUCGAGCAGCACCACGCCCCACACGACCACCGCAAGCAGCACCUCGGCGAGCAGCCUCUCGGCAACCCCCACUUCGGGGACAGAAACCAUCACAAGCACCGGGACCACCACCAGCUUUUCGGCGACCAGCACUGGCACAGCCACCAGCUCUUCAGCGACCAGCACCUCGACGGCCACCAGCUCUUCGGCGACCAGCUCCACAACGACCAGUUCUUCAGUGACCAGCUCCUCGGCGACCAGCACCGGCACAGCCACCAGUUCAUCAGCGACCAGCACCGGCACAGCCACCAGCUCCUCGGCGACCAGCUCUUCGUCGACCAGCUCCUCGGCGACGAGCACCUCGGCGACAACCCCCUCGGCGACGAGCACCUCGACGGUCACCACCUCCUCGGCCACGAGCACCACGUCCCUGCACACCACGACCGCAUCCUCCACCACCAGCAUCACAACCACCGCGUCCUCUGCUACGUCUACGACGCUCAGCGUCACGAGCCGCACCUUCACCGCCACGGGCACCUCCGCCACCGAGACGUCCACGGCCUCGGCGGCGCCGGUGACGAUCGCGGGCUCGCUCUUUUUCGCGGUGAACGACGUCGCGGGCUUCCUGGCUGGCGCCGACGCCGCGUCGGGCACGGCGGCGGCGGUCGCGUCGGUCGCGGGCCUGCCCGCCAGCCUCGUGGGCGCGAGCCUGACCGCGGGGGGCGACCGGCGGCUCCCGUCGGGCGGCGGCGGGGCGACGCCGGCUGGGCCCCGUGCACUGGCCGCGGGGAGCGUCUUCGUGGACUACCUCAUCACGCUGCCGGCUGGGGGGCAAGCCGCCGCGGCCGACUCCGUGGUCGCAGCCCUCGACGCCGCCACGGCUGGCCAGUGGGCGGCGGCGCUGGCCGAUAGCUUUGGCGACGCCUUCUCCUUCUCGGACGUGGCCGCCUUCGUGCAGGUCGUGACCUUGACGGCGACGUCGACCUCUGCUUCGUCGACAACUGCGUC